CAUAGAGGAUUGAAGAAACCAAAGGAAGUGAAAGGGAAGAUGCUAAUCUGUUGCGUCCUUUAAGAGAUAGUUCCAAAUACAAAGCUGAUUAAGUCUCCAGUGCCGAGCAAAGGGACUCCAUGGCCGCCCUGUAAACUUACGAAGUAGCUAGAGGCGAGCUUGCCCUUCCACCUAGCCUCAGAGCAUGAGCCGCUAUUUUCAACUCAGGUUUGGAAUAGGCACAGAGAAAAGACUGCAACCUCUCUUGCUCAACCUUGGGUUCUAUCUUGGCAGAGGCAGGGCGUGGUAUAUGCAGAUCAACCUAUGCUCGAGCCAUUAAUACUAUUCGGUUCAAGUCAAACAUCAACAAUUUAAAGAAUGCGCUCAGUGGCCUUGUUGAUGUUCAGAGCAAAGUGGAAAAAGACCUCAAAACCGUGGAGGUCAAAGGGAAGUCCUUGCAUGUGCAACUGAGGAGAUGGCUAAGAGAUGUGGAAGAGAUUGUCUCCGAAGCAAAUUCAAUCCAGGAAGAUCGUGUUUCAUGUGCUCUGUCCUUGAGAUGUAAGGUGAGUAAAAAACUUGUGGUAGUUCUUGAGAAAGUCAAGAGGCUUCAGAAGCAAGGCGUAGAGCUUCUCGACAUAUUCUCUUUUGAAGGCAGAUCUCUAGUUGAAAAAAUCCUUGGACCACCCUCCAUCACUGAUCAAACAAUAGCAUCAGAGAUGUUAGUCAAAGUUCUAAACUGUUUGAUGAGAGAUGAUGUUCAAAAGAUAGGUAUUUGGGGCAUGGGGGGAGUUGGGAAAACAACUCUAGUCAGAGAACUGAACAAUAAGCUAUGGAAAGAAGCUGAUACGCAGCCUUUCGGUAUGGUGAUAUGGGCUACAGUCUCCAAAGAGUUUGAAAUGGGAAGGGUCCAGAAGCAAAUCGCUGAGAGAUUGGAUAUGGAAGUGAAACUAGGAGAAAGCGAGGAAACACUGGCGAGACGGAUACAUGAAAGGCUUGAGAAAGUAAGUAGCUUUCUUCUCAUUCUUGAUGAUGUCUGGAAAGCCAUUGAUUUAGACCAGUUGGGGAUUCCACAAACAUAUGGACGCAAGGCUACAAAGAUUGUGUUGACUUCUAGGUUUUUAGAGGUUUGCCAGAGCGUAAAAACGGAUAUUAACUUCAGAGUGGAUUGUUUAUGUGAAGAAGAAUCUUGGAAAUUGUUUUGUAAGAAUGCUGGAGAAGUAACUAGAUUAGAUUGUGUUGAACCUUUAGCAAAAGAUGUUUCUCGGGAAUGUGGUGGAUUGCCUUUGGCUAUCAUCACGGUUGGAAUGGCUAUGCGAGGGAAGAAGAUGGUCGAGCUGUGGGAACAUGCCCUUGAAGAACUCAAGAGUUCGGUGCCUUAUGUCAAGAGUAUUGAAGAAAAGAUCUACCAGCCUUUGAAAUUGAGCUACGACUUGCUCGAGCCAAAGAUGAAAUCUUGCUUCCUCUUCUGUGCUUUAUUUCCAGAGGAUUACUCAAUAGAAGUAUCUGAUCUUGUGAGGUACUGGAUUGCCGAAGGAUUCAUUGAUGAAACACAAAACCAUGGGUACUUAAUGAACCAAGGAAUCACUUUGGUAGAGAAUCUGAAAGACUCUUGCUUACUUGAAGAGGGUGCUCAUGGUGAAACAGUUAAGAUGCAUGAUGUGGUUCGCGAUUUUGCCAUAUGGGUCAUGUCUUCCUCACGAGAUGAUAGUCACUCUCUUGUCAUGUCUGGUAUAGGAUUGUCCGAGUUUCCACAUGAGAAGUUCGUUCCUUCUAUCCGAAGAGUUUCUUUAAUGAACAAUAAGCUUAAAAGGAUUCCGAGUAAGGUGUUAGAGUGUGUUGAACUCUCAGCUUUGCUGCUACAAGGAAACUUUCACUUAGAGGAAUUGCCUGUGGGAUUCUUGAUAUCUUUUCCAGCACUUCGGAUUUUGAAUAUAAGUGGGACAUGCAUAAGGUCGUUGUCCAACUCCCUGAGCAAGCUUCAUGAGCUCCGAUCUCUCAUCUUGAGAGACUGCUUCUACCUUGAAGAAGUUCCUGCCCUUGAAGGCCUUGCAAAAAUUCAAGUUCUGGAUCUUUGUGCCACUCGAAUAAGGGAAACUCCAAGAGGGUUGGAAACUUUGAAGAGCUUGAGACUACUUGACCUUUCCCGUACACAUCACCUCGAAAGCAUUCAAGCAGGAAUCAUCCCAAAGUUAUUAAGUUUAGAGGUUCUAGACAUGACCCUUAGUCAUUUCCACUGGGGCGUCCAAGGACAAACUCAAGAGGGGCAAGCAACACUUGAAGAGAUUGCGUGUCUCAAACGUUUAUCAGUUCUCUCAAUCAGAGUCGUAUGUGUUCCACCUCUCUCCCCUGAUUACAAUUCAUUGAUAGAAAGGUUAAAGAAGUUUCAGUUGUUCAUCGGCCCAACAGCAAACUCUUUACCUUCUAGACAUGAUAAGCGGAGAGUAACAAUUAGUAGUCUCAAUGUUUCAGAAGCAUUCAUUGGAUGGUUACUAAUAAACACAACUUCUUUAGUGAUGAACCAUUGCUGGGGUCUCAAUGAGAUGCUGGAGAACUUAGUAAUCGAUAGCACGAGUAGCUUCAACCUAUUAAGAUCUCUAACGGUAGAGGGUUUUGGUGGAAGUAUAAGACCCGCUGGUGGAUGUGUUGCACAGCUGGAUCUUCUACCUAACCUCGAAGAACUUCAUCUGCGUCGUGUAAAUCUGGGAACCAUUAGAGAGCUCGUUGGUCAUCUGGGGUUAAGAUUUGAGACACUAAAACAUCUUGAAGUCAGCAGAUGUAGCCGGCUCAAAUGCCUUCUGUCAUUAGGGAAUUUCAUCUGUUUCCUGCCGAACCUACAAGAGAUACAUGUUAGCUUUUGUGAAAUGCUUCAGGAGCUAUUUGGCUAUUCUCCAGGAGAAGUUCCAACCUCUGUUUCUGUGGUACCUGCUCUGCGUGUCAUAAAGCUAAGGAAUCUUCCGCGGUUGAAGAGCUUAUGUAGCCAAAAAGAGUCAUGGGGAUGUUUGGAACAUGUGGAAGUGACAAGUGGCAAUCUUCUAAAGAAUCUACCCAUUAGCUCAAAUAACGCUCACAGAGUCAGAGAAGUAAGAGGAGAAACACACUGGUGGAACAACUUAACUUGGGAUGAUAACACUACAAUAGAAACCCUUCAACCUCGUUUCGUACCAGCUGAUGGAUAUAUACCUACUGGAUCUCUUGGAAUCUCUUGUUAUCAGAGCUUCAACACAAUUGAAGAAGCUUCUCCACUUCCUAGUAGAUCAGGAUCUCAGGCUGAGGAGCUUCUGUAGCUACAAUGUAAUCAUGGACUUACAAAGGACUUUGUGGAUAAUACGUGGCUCACUUGCAAUCUCUUGUCACAGAGUUCCAGUUCAAGCUAAUGGAGAGAGAGGAGAGGCUUCUCCAGUUUAGAUAGAAGACCUAACGGCUAAGGAGCUUCUGGAUGGAAAAUGUAAUUGCAGAAAGUUUCAGGUGACCCUUAGGAAUUCUCCGAUAGUUACUUCUUUGUGUAUAUGUGAUUGUUUUAUUACUUGUUGCAAUGAAACUAAACAUGAAAUUUAUUUGUGUAUAUGUGUACCUGAGUAGAUUUUGUUUGUGUAUAUGUAUGGAGAACAUGUAACUUGAUAAACCAUGCGUGAUCUGGAUUUUCAUUGUACUAUUUGCUUUUGAUCUUUG